AUGUCGCAAGAGUCAACCGUAAGGUCUGUGGACGCCGCUGAGCGGGCAAGUGGCAGCUCUGCCGUCAAGCCUGAGGCACUACUCGAACCGAUAGAAUGGAGCUGGGCGGACGAUGAGUGCAAUCCCUACAAUUGGCCAAAAUGGAAGAAAAAUGUGCAAUUGGCCUCGAUUGCCUUUGUCGCCUUUACGGGCUCCCUGGGCACGUCCAUCAUCAGUCCCGCUCAUCAAGAACUGAUUGACGAAUUUGGUGUCUCGAGCACUGUGGCAUUCCUGCCUCUGACGUUUUAUGUGCUUGCAUUGGGCUUGGGCCCGGUUUGCGGUGGGCCCCUUUCCGAGACUGCUGGUCGGCAGGCGGUAUGGCUUAUGGCAGUGUUCCUCGGGGGUCUCUUUGCCCUGGGAUCAGGCCUGUCGCCGACAUUUGCGGGGUUGUGCAUCAUGCGCUUUCUCGCUGGCUUCUUCUACGGCCCUGGCCUGGCGAUCGGCACUGGUGUGCUUGCUGAGACCUAUACGCCGGCCGAGCGAGGACCGCCAUCGAGUCUGUAUAUCCUCAGCCCCUUUCUGGGGCCGGGCUUUGGUCCCGUGCUCGGUGUGUUCCUCGUCGACCGAAUGGGAUGGCGAUGGACACAAUACACGCUGGUCUUCUUCUCGGUUUUCAGCUUGAUAUGGGUGCUCGCCGCGAGCGAAACCUACCACCCCGUCAUCCAACGCCGUCGGAUGAAACAACUCGGCUUGGAUCCACCAAAGAAGAUCCCACUGUCAACUACAUUGAGGACGUUCGCCACGACUGGAGUCAUCAGACCGCUGCAUAUGAUGUUCACAGAACCGAUCGUUGGCUUCCUGUGUCUGUACGUCGCAUGCAUGUUCGGCAUACUGUUCUCCUUCUUCGGCGUCUUCUUUUGGAUCUUCAAGACGGUAUACGACUUUACACUCGUACAGUCUGGUCUAGUAUUCCUAGCUAUCGCGUUCGGCUGCAUUGUUGGCGCAGGCAUCAUCAACCUCUGCAACAAGCUCCUUUACCGACCACAGGUUCGCCGCUUCCCGCCGCAUCAGGUCCCACCCGAGUACCGGCUGGGCCCAGCCAUGAUCGGAAGCGUCCUACUACCGAUCAGCCUCUUCUGGUUCGCCUGGACCACCCGGGCUGACGUCAAUCCCGCCGUGCCCAUCGUCGCCAUAGCCAUAUUCGGCAUGGGCAAUAUCAACCUCUUCAUCAGCAGUCUCCAGUACAUAGGCGACGUGUAUCACCGCACCAACGUGGCGAGUGCGGCCAGUGCCAACAGCUUCGCCCGCUACGUCCUGGCCGCCGUGUUCCCACUAUUCUCACUCCAGAUGUAUCAAGGGCUUGGGAUAGCUUGGGCUUCGACCCUUCUCGGGUUUGUCUCGCUGGCUCUCCUGCCGCUGCCGUGGCUGUUGUUCAAGUUCGGAAAUAAUGUGCGGAGGAAGUCGAGGUACGAGACCGCGUCUUAUUGA